AUGGCUCUAACGUCCGCCGCGGUGCUCGUCAGCUCGGUGCUGCUGGUCAUGUCGGCGUCGCUGAGUAAGACGCUCCGGCACAAGCCGCCCAACGAGUGCGAGUGGCUGGCCGUGACCGCGUACGGUGACGAGACGAUCGCGUCGCAGACCGUGUCCGACGAACAAGAGGUGGCCCUGCACUGCCGUGUGCGGACCAUGAACUCCGAGCUGGAAAAGACCAAUUUUAGUAUAAUACAGCCGCAGUAUACGGUCAAGCUGAAAAUCGAGUGCAACUCGCAGCUGUACCUGCUCAGCUCGCUGGGCACGGGCACGUUCCAGACGCUCAUCGAUCUCAGGGAGCUGACGAUCGACUCGUGCAAGCUCAACAGCCUGGGCCGGGAGUCGUUCCGCGGGCUCCGGCAGUUGCGUAACCUCACGGUCGUCACGCACAACAACGACUGGACGUCGGUCAACAUGGAAGUGCAGCCCGAUACGUUCCUGGAGGAGCUCAACAUGCUCGAGCGGCUCGACUUGAGCCACAACAAUAUCGCCAAGCUGCCGGAGGGCGUGUUCUGCUCGCUGCAGAACCUCGUCUACCUGAACCUCACCCGGAACCGACUCCGGCACCUCGAGCUUUUCCACUUCGGGUCGUCCGGGCAACAGAAGUGCGGCGCCAACCUCCAAGUGCUCGACCUGUCGUACAACAACUUCGACUCGAUCAACUCGCAAGUGUUCUCGCACCUGACCAACUUGCAGGACUUGCACUUGCAAGGCAACGUCAUAUCGGUGAUCGGUGACCACGGUUUCGACGGCCUGUCCGCGCUGUCCGUGCUCAACGUCGCCUCCAACCGGCUGGUCAAUCUGGCGCCCGAGUUGUUCGCCGACACUCGCGACCUGCGCGAGAUGUACCUGCAGAACAACACCAUAAACGUACUUGCACCCGGGCUGUUCAACGAACUGUCCCGGUUGCUGGUGCUGGACCUUUCCGAAAAUCAGCUGACCGAGGAAUGGGUGAACGCGGCCACGUUUACCGGUCUCGUGCGCCUCGUGUUUUUGAGCAUGUCCAACAACAACAUAACUAAAUUGGACGCGAUGAUAUUUCGAGAUUUGUACCGGCUCCGAUCGUUACGACUGGAUAAUAACGGUGUUCAGUACUUGCCGGAGAACGUGUUUUCGUCGCUGAUAGACAUGAGAACGUUGGUGCUCUCCAGCAACAAAUUGACCAGAAUCGAUCAGUUCACGUUCGACGGUCUGCCCUCAUUAAACCAACUAUCGCUCGACAACAAUCAAAUACAGUACAUCGAUCCGGAGGCGCUGAGGAACUCUACCGAUUUGGAAUACUUACACCUCAACGGAAAUAAACUGUACGAUAUACCGGCGGUUCUGAAUAAUAUUCCCAAUCUAAAAACAUUGGAUUUGGGCUACAAUCAGAUCACCGACAUAUUCAACACGUCGUUUCCGGCCAUGAGUCAGCUCAUCGGGUUGAAACUGUUGAAAAAUCAAAUAUCCAAUGUGUCCAAGGGCGUUUUUGAUAGACUACCAGAACUGCAUCUCAUAAACCUCGCCAAUAAUAAAAUCCAAAAAAUAGAAGCCGGUACUUUUGAUAAUAACACUAGACUGGUAGCGGUCAGGGUGGACGGCAAUUAUUUACGGGACGUCGGUGGACUUUUUUCCAAACUGUCGAAUCUCGUGUGGUUAAACAUAUCGGAAAACUUCUUAGAAUGGUUCGAUUAUGCUCUGAUACCAACGGGAUUACAGUGGUUAGACAUACACGGCAAUCAAAUCACCGAGCUCGGUAAUCACUACGAGUUGGAAACGCAACUGACAGGAUUCGACGCCAGUAACAAUAAAUUGACUGAAGUGACUGGUAGUUCGAUCCCGGAUAAAGUACAAAAUCUGUAUCUGUCCAACAAUCAAAUUUCCAAAAUACAAUCGUACGCGUUUUUCAAAAAACCAAAUCUCACGCAAGUGGACCUGACCGGAAACCGUUUGAAAACACUGAACCCGCAAUCGCUUAGGAUAUCGACGGUUCCGGUGGGUCGGACUAUGCCACAGUUUCUAGUCGGCAACAAUCCGUUCGUGUGCGACUGUUCGAUGCAGUGGCUACAAGCGUAUAGUGUCGAACCCGAUCGGAACAAACCCAAACUUGUCGACUUGGAGACGGCCACGUGCGAGGUCAUAUACAAUCGAGGCGAGUCCCGAGUACUGUUGAAAGAAGCGUCCGAAGAACAGUUUUUGUGCCAAUACGACAUGGAGUGCGCGAAACGCAGCACGUGCGACUGUUGUGAUUUUGACGCUUGCGAUUGCAAAAUGAUAUGUCCAACGAAUUGUACGUGUUUCCAUAGCGUCAGCUCCACGUCCAACGUGGUCGACUGCUCGAGUGCCGGUUACAUAAACAGAGUGCCGGAUAAAAUACCGAUGAACACCACGGUUUUAUACUUGGACGGCAACACGAUCAAGACUCUGAGCACGCACACGUUUUUGGGCAGAAAAAUCUUGAAAGUUCUCUACUUGAAUUCUUCGAACGUGGAGCGCGUGCAAAACCGGACAUUCCACGGACUCAAGGAACUCGAAGUGCUACACUUGGACGACAACCGUAUAUCCACAUUGUACGGUGACGAGUUUUACGGACUGGACAAGCUCAAGGAGCUCUAUUUAAACCACAAUCGUAUAACGUACAUAAACAGCACGACAUUUCGUUUCCUGCAACAGCUGACCAUACUUCGCUUGGACCACAACCGGAUAGCACAGUUUCCGGUGUGGAGACUGUCGCCGACGCUCACCCAUCUGACCCUGGCCGAGAACCAGUGGAGUUGCGCUUGCGAUUUUGUUCAACAAAUGAAAGAGUUCCUACAAUACGCUGCGGACGCGGUGGUGGACGCCGAACAGGUCCGUUGCCUCGACCAUUCGGGCGGGUACAAUAUAAACAGCGAAAACGGUACGGUUUGCGGGCCCACGACCCCUUCGUCGGUCGAAAAACCGUUCAACACGUCGUCGAACACUAUCGAAGGAGCCCUCAACGGUGGUAACCUGACCGCGCCUACCAAGACCAUCAUCCAAAGGCCGGACAUUCAGGACUACAUACCGAUCCUGAUAGUGUCAUUUUCGGCCGUGUUUUUCAUAAUUGUCGCCGCCAUGAUGGUGUACGUUUUCCGACAUGAAAUGAAAGUUUGGUGUCACUCCAGAUUCGGCGUUCGGAUAUUCUGCAAGAGCACCGAGUUUGAGAUGGACGAGCGGGAUAAGUUGUUCGACGCGUUCGUCAGCUACAGUUCCAAAGACGAGGCGUUCGUUAUCGAGGAAUUGGCUCCGAUACUGGAAAAUGGCGACCCGUCGUACAAGUUGUGUCUGCACUACAGAGAGUUUCCAGCCGGUGGUUACAUAUCCGACACGAUCGUGCAGGCGGUGGAGUCGUCUAAACGCACGAUAAUGGUGCUAUCGGAGAACUUUAUUAAGUCUGAGUGGUGCCGGUUCGAAUUUAAAUCCGCACACCAUCAAGUACUCCGAGAUAAGAGGAAGAGACUGAUCGUUAUACUACUGGGAGAGGUGCCCAACAAGGACCUAGAUCCGGACAUCCGACUCUACCUCAAGACUAAUUCGUACCUGCAGUGGGGUGACAAGCAUUUCUGGGAGAAGCUGAAAUUCGCGCUUCCGGACGUCCCCAACAACCAAAGGCCGAAAACAAUCAACCACAAGCAUCACCACCACCAUCAUCACCAUCACAGAGGGGUACACAACAACUACUCAAGACCGCUUGCCAUUCAUAUAUAA